AUGUUGUCAGAAUUAACAGAUGACAUAAUUCUCAAGAUACUAUGGAAGGUUGAAGAAGACCCUCGUGACUGGGCUCGUCUCUCUUGCGUCUCUUCCAAGCUCAAUUCUCUCAUCCAUGCUUUCUGCUGGAAGAACAAAUCUUCUCUCACCAUCCCUUCCGAGCUUCUCUCUUCUUCUUCCUCACAAGAUCACUCUCUUCACAAACUUACCUUCUGUUGUCCCGGUCCUCUCCACGCCGGUAUCCUCUUCAACAACACCGCCGAUUUCCCCGACGAACACUACCACCAACAACCCACCACCACAAACAACCCACCACCGCCAAUACCAUCUUCAUCUUCUCUUCCUCCUCAACCCAUUUGGUCACUUUACGAUGAUCUAUAUCAUGAUACCCUCUAUGCAGACUCAGAAUCCCAUCAACAAGAGGCUAACCAGGAAGAGAUUCGAGCCGGGGUUGUUGAUGUUCCACCUGAAUCCAAGAAACGAAAGGUGAACGGAUCAUUGAGUUCACAUUUAGCGACAGGAAAAUGGUCGCUUAGCAGAGAACAAGGGAGUAAACUACUUGGAAGACAGUAUCGUGAUGACUGUUUAUACGUUUGUGAUUGGCCAGGCUGUGUUCAUUUGGAAGAGAAGAGAAAGUACAGACUUUUCAGAGGAGUUUUUAUGAAUUUCAAGAGAACUCGUGUUUGGAAGACGGUGAAUGAUUGUAGUAACCGGAAGAAAAUUGAUUUGCCUUGUGCUUUUUGUUCUUGUAACCAUACUUGGGAUCUUUACUCUGCCUUUUGUUUGAAGAGAGGGUUUGGCUUUCAUGAAGAUGGUGAGCCUGUUGUUAGGGCUUAUGUUUGUGAUAAUGGUCAUGUUUCUGGUGCUUGGACUGAUGUUCCUAUGUACUCUUGA